AUGGGAAGAUGCAAGCCAUCGACGAUUCGUGGACGUGAAUGCAAUGAAGAGGAGGCAAAAAAAACAAGAGGAGAGGCGUUAAAAGUGUUUGCAGAAGGAAUGGUGAAGGAAAAUUGUCCGCCUUUAAUACCAACGAAGAACCUGGUCAAAGGGAAAACUCUGCGGCUGGACAGUGCCGAG